GGAAGCGGCAUGGCGCUGGCCGAGAGGCGCGCGCUGCUCCAGCACUCGGUCAGAACGCGAGGCGCGCGCGCUUGACUCAGAGGUGAAGGAGACCGUUCAACCGGAUGAGGAGCAGAACUUCAGUGUCACGCCUUCACCGUGCUUUAACGUUGUUGUUGUUGUUGAACAUGAGCUCGGCGCUGGACGGCUGAUUCUUUAUUUAUUUAUUUUUUUCCCUUCUUACGCGUCGCCGGUUCGGAUCGCGCGAACAGACGAAGGAGGGAGGAAAAGAAGCAGAAGAAGCGCGCGCACCGGGGAGGAUAUUUACGCCGAAGCGUUUUGAAUGUUUUGAGGUGCGGCGUGUUUGUCUCGGCUCAGGAGGCUCUCACCAAGAGUGGGGUUUUUUUUUGUUUGUUUGUUUUUUUGUUUACUUACAAACAAGGACAACUUCAACAUUCCCCGACGGACGUUUGUUUUGCAAAGCGCACAAGUUAUCAUUUUCAUCACAUUGUAAAGUUUUGGUGGAAGCGGAACAACCUGACGCGCCGCGCGACUCUUUCAAUCAAUCAAUCAGUCAAUCAGUCAAUCAGUCAGUCUGAUGCGUAUCCGUCGGCGGAUUUCUCCCGGUGCCGUCAUGGGGAAAACUAGGGAAAAGACUGCGAAAGGAGAACGAGGGAGUGCUGGAUGCUUAGUGCACGUCAUUAGAACAAUUUUUCUGCUCGCCGUGUUCGUCUGCACCAGUAGAGCUCAGGAUGAUGACUACUUGGGAUUGGGCGAGCUUCCUGAGACCUUCCCUUCAGACCCGCCUGAGCCCCUCCCCCACUUCCUGAUGGAGCCCGAGGAGGCCUACAUCGUCAAAAACAAACCGGUCAAUCUAUACUGCAAGGCCACGCCCGCCACACAGAUCUACUUCAAGUGCAACAGCGAGUGGGUGCCCCAGAAGGAGCACACGGUGGAGGAGCGCGUGGACGAGACCUCCGGUCUGGUGGUGAGGGAGGCGAGUAUCGAGAUCACGCGGCAGCAGGUGGAGGAGCUCUUCGGCCUCGAGGAUUUCUGGUGCCAGUGCGUGGCCUGGAGCUCAGCCGGUACCACGAAGAGCCGCAAGGCCCACGUCCGCAUUGCCUAUCUCCGCAAAUCCUUUGACCAGGAGCCUUUGGGGAAAGAGGUGUCUCUCGAACAGGAAGUGCUCCUCCAGUGCCGUCCACCCGAAGGAGUUCCUGCUGCAGAGGUCGAGUGGCUGAAGAACGAAGAGGUCAUCGACCCUGCGGAUGAUCGGAACUUUUACAUCACUAUCGACCACAACCUGAUCAUCAAACAGGCUCGUCUGUCCGAUACCGCUAACUACACCUGUGUAGCCAAGAACAUCGUGGCCAAGAGGAGGAGCACCACGGCUACCGUCAUAGUCUAUGUGAACGGAGGCUGGUCGACAUGGACCGAGUGGUCGGUGUGUAACAGUCGCUGUGGGAAAGGCUUCCAGAAGAGGACCAGGAGCUGCACCAACCCAGCACCCCUCAACGGGGGAGCCAUAUGCGAAGGCCAAGCCAUUCAGAAACUGGCCUGCAAUCCGUUAUGUCCAGUGGACGGGUUGUGGACUGAAUGGAGUAAAUGGUCAACAUGCGGGACAGAGUGCACCCACUGGAGGAGGAGAGAGUGCAGUGCGCCGGCGCCGAAAAACGGUGGCAAGGACUGCGAGGGCAUGGUGCUCCAAUCCAAGAACUGUACCGACGGCCUGUGCAUGCAGAGUUCCCUAUAUCAGAAGUCAUCUGAACCAAAAGGCAAGAGUGAUGAUUAUGGAUAUUCAUCCGCCCCGAGCACAGACGACGUGGCUCUCUACGUGGGCAUCGUCAUCGCCGUGAUCAUGUGCUUGGUCAUCUCCGUCAUCGUGGCCCUCUUCGUUUACCGCAAGAACCAUCGCGACUUCGACUCGGACAUCAUCGAUUCCUCGGCUCUCAACGGCGGCUUCCAGCCGGUCAGCAUCAAGACCGCUCGCACGGCCGAUCUCCUGACCGCGCCCCCUGACCUGACCUCGGCGGCGGCCAUGUACCGCGGUCCCGUCUACGCCCUCCACGACGUGGCCGACAAAAUCCCCAUGACUAACUCUCCUCUGCUCGACCCCCUGCCCAACCUGAAGAUCAAAGUGUACAACUCGUCCGGCACGGUGACGCCGCAGGACGAGCUUUCCGACUUCUCGUCCAAACUGUCUCCCAAGCUGGCGCACUCACUCAUCGACAGCGAGACCAUGGGACGACGCACCCAGAGCCUGGUGCGGUCCCGAGACCCGUCCUGCACCGCCUUCGGCUCCUUCAACUCCCUCGGAGGACACCUCAUCGUGCCCAACUCAGGCGUGAGUUUGCUGGUGCCAGCGGGUGCUAUCCCUCAGGGACGAGUGUACGAGAUGUACGUGACGGUGCACAGGAAGGAGACAAUGAGACCUUCAGUGGAUGACACUCAGACUGUUCUGAGCCCGGUGGUGAGCUGCGGACCUCCCGGAGCGCUCCUCACCCGGCCGGUCAUCAUCACCAUGCACCACUGCGCCGAAGCCGAUAACGACGAUUGGCUGAUUCAGCUGAAGAGCCAGUCGCAGCACGGCCAAUGGGAGGACGUGGUGGUGGUGGGGGAGGAGAACUUCACCACACCCUGCUAUAUUCAGAUGGACGAGGAGGCGUGUCACAUCCUGACCGAGACGCUGGGGACGUACUGCUUAGUGGGUCAGUCAGUGAGCGCAGCCACCACCAAGAGACUGAAGCUGGCGGUGUUCGGCCCCGUCACCUGCACCGCCCUCGAGUACAACAUCCGCGUGUACUGCCUGGAUGACACGCAGGACGCCCUCAAAGAGGUGCUGCAGAUGGAGAAGCAGAUGGGUGGGAAGCUCCUGGACGAACCAAAGACCCUGAACUUUAAGGACAGCACCCACAACCUGCGUUUGUCGCUGCAUGACGUCCCGCACACACAGUGGAAGAGCAAACUGCUGGCCAAGUACCAGGAGCUGGCGUUUCAGCAGGUAUGGAGCGGUUCUCAGAGGAACCUGCAGUGCACCUUCACUCUGGAGCGCUUCAGUGCCGCGACGGUGGAGCUGGCCUGUAAACUGUGCGUGCGCCAGGUGGAGGGCGAGGGCCAGAUCUUCCAGCUCAACACCACGCUGUCGGAGGACUCACAGUGUAUUGACACGUCUCUGCUGGACCCGGCGAGUAACAUCACCACGCUGGUGGGCCCAAAUGCCUUCCGUAUCCCUCCAUCCAUCCGGCAGAAGCUGUGUAGCAGCCUGGACGCCCCUCAGACCCGCGGCAACGACUGGAGGAUGUUAGCACACAAACUCAACCUGGACAGGUACCUGAACUACUUUGCCACUAAGUCCAGUCCAACCGGUGUGAUUUUGGAUCUUUGGGAAGCUCAGCACUUCCCCGACGGCAACCUGAACCGAUUGGCUGCCGUGCUGGAGGAGAUGGGUCGCCAUGAGAACAUUGCAAUGUUACCCAUGGCAACCGAGCACUGAUGCCCGUCAGCCACAUCGGAAGACUGCAGAAGUGAUGGGUGAAUAACUGGGGGAAGGAGCGCGGUGGACUGGAACACUGCAGCGGGACACACGGGGCAUGGUGGCUUUUCCCCACGCAGCUCUACGCUGGUGGGAAUCGAGCGGAGACUCUCAAAUGCUUUUGUUACCACGGCGACGUAUACACCUACAAAAAAAAAUUAUAUAGAGGACCGGAAUGGAGAAAAUUCAGGACACAUUGUACUUAACGCCCUGUCUGUACACUUCCUGGUACAGUCUGUUUUUGUUUUCUUUUUGGUUCCUGUUUUGUUUAAUUUUUUUUUUUUUUUUUACUAUUUGUCAAAUCAGUUUCUUAGGAAACGCGUGACUUCUGCUGUCCAGAUAUUGGACCUUGUCCACUUUCUUCUCUGACAUAUGGGAUAAUUUGUAAUAGACCGUGAUUGGGGGGUGGGGGUGUGUGUGUGUGUGUGUUUAGGCAAGGCCCCAGGUAAGAGGAAUAAAAAGCAUAGAAACCCCUCGAGUGCCAUCGACCCGUGUCAGUCCUUAACGCUUUUCCCAUUAAAAUUGAUCAAGUUGAUAUAAACAUUCCCUUGAUGAUGAUGAUGAUAUUUAAUAUUGCCUUUAUUUAUACUCAUUUAUUACUAUUUUCCCUCAUGCAGCGUCCCAUUAUGUAUUUUUUUUUUCCCUUAUCAUUUUUCUACCUUUUUUAAAAGAAAACAAAUCCUGCAUUGGCUGCCGUGUAUGUUGUUUUUUUUUCCACAGUGCCACCCAGUGGGCAUUCUCUGCAACUACAAAAUUUUUCAAAAAUAUGCAGCUUGUAAAUAAGCAUUCAAGACCAUUGUACAUGUAAAGUUUAACAGUGUUAUCGUUCUCUGGUUAUUAUUUUCGGAUUAAUUGCUUUCGGUUGCAUUUGUGGUCUGUAUUUAAUCGCAACUUUAAUCGAGACAUGAAAAAAAGAAAAUUAGCAGUCAAAUGCUUGCUUUUUUAUUUUUUUAAACUUUUUUUGUUUUUUUUUAAACCAAGGUCACGCUGUUGGAGGUUUCGUAAACAUUUCUCCACUGUUACUGGGCCCGUGUUCUCUGCUUUAGUCUGCUGGGAGAAAUCUAACCUUGGCAAAGGAAAUCAGGAAAACAGGCACGGAGAGGAAAAAAAGCCACUGAUCGGUUACGGAUUUAGUCACAGGUUUUAUCCAAAACCGCAUACUAAUGCACUAAACCAUAUCAGCAUCAUUUUUUUUAAAUAGUAGGAAUAAUAACAAUACUAAUAACAAUAAUAAUAACACAGUCCAUUGGCUACAUCCAAAACUACAGAUUAUCAUAGGAAAUCGUAUUGUAGACGGAAUCUGUACACCUUGGCUACGUCCAGAACACCAGGUGUGGGCGAUAUGACAAAAAAUAUCAUACCAUAUCAUAUAUGAUACUUGAAGCCAUUUAUAUGAUACACAAAAAUGUAUCGUGAUAUUUGCAAAGAAAAUUACAUCAAAAACAAUUAUGUAUAUAAACAAAAUUUUUUUAAAAAAUUACAAUGCUUUUGCCCUUAAUGCCCUAAAAAUUCAGUUAUUUAACACUGAAAUGGAGGAACGGCAACAAAUUCUGUGAAAUAAAUAAAAUAGACUUUUGCCUCAAUGGAAAAAAAAAAAAAAAAAAAAUCUGCAAAAUUUUCACAUCAAAUCAGCUGCUACAAUCUGUUUUUAAUGAUUAUUUAUCUGUGAUCUGAGUGUUGUGUUGUAUUACAGUAUCGGUAUUACACCGAUCAGCCAUAACAUUAAAACCACUGACAGCUGACGUGAAGAACAGUGAUUAUCUCAUGUGAAGGCGUGGGGUUGAUUUAUGAGGCAGCGAGUGAGCAGUCGGUUCUUGAAGUUGACGUGUUGGAAGGAGGAAAAAUGGGCGAGUGUAAGGAUCUGAGAGACUUUGAAAAGGGCCGGAUAGUGAUGUCUAGACGUCUGGGUCAGAGCAUGUCCAAAACGGCUGUGUUGUGGGGUGUUCCCGGUAUGCAGUGGUUCGUAUCCACCAAAAGUGGUCCAAGGAAGAAGAACCGGCGAACCGGCGACGGGGUCAUGUGCGCCCAAGGCUCAUUGAUACGCGUAGGGAGCGAAGACUAAUCCGUCUGGUCCGAUCCCACAGAAGAUCUACUGUAGCACAAACUGGUGGAGAAGUUAAUGCUGGCCCUGAUAGAAAGGAGUCGGAACACACAGAGCAUCUCAGCUUGUGUAUGGGGCUGCGUAUCUGCAGAGCGCCCAUGCUGACCCCCUGUCCACUGUCAAAAGUGCCUACAAUUAGGCACACGAGCAUCAGAACUGGACCAUGGAGCAAUGAAAGAAGGUGGCCUGUUCUGAUGAAUCACUUUUGCACUCUUACAUGGGGGAGAGACGGCACCAGGAUGCACUGUGGGAAGAAGGCGAGCCGGUGGAUGCAGUGUGAUGCUCUCGGCAAUGUUCUGCUGGAAAGCCUUGUGUCCUGGCGUUCAUGUGGAUGUUACUUUGAUCCGUACCACCUACCUAAACACCGCUGCAGGCCGAGUGCACCCCUUCAUGGUAACGGUAUUCCUAAUAUCAGCGUCCUGUUUCAGCCGGAUAACGCUCCCUGACACACUGCAGACAUUGCUCAGGAACGGUUUGAGGAACGUGACAAAGAGCUCAAGGUGUUGACUCGGCCUCUAAAUUCCCCAGAUCUCGAUCCGAUCGAGCGUAUCUGUGGGACGUUCUGGACAAACAAGUCCGAUCCACGGAGGCCCGACCUCACAACUUACAGGACGUGCAGUGGUCUCUCAGUGGUUAAGACGUUGGACUAUUGAUCAUAGGGUCGUAAGUUCAAAUCCCAGCUCUGCCAAGCUUCCACUGUUGGGCCCUUGAUCGAGGCCCUUAACCCUCAACUGCUCAGUUGUAAAAUGAGGAUAAAUUUAAGUCACUCUGGAUAAAAGUGUCUGCCAAACGGCUUAAAGGAUCUGCUGCUAACAUCUUGGCGUUAGACACCACGGCACCCCUUCAGAGGUCUCGUGGAGUCCGUGCUCCAUGGUGGGACUAGGAGAGUGGGACCUACACGAUAUUAGGCAGGUGGUUUUAAUGUUCUGGCCGAUUGCUGUAUAUCAUGAUGAUAUCCCGUAGCUCUACGCAGUACGGUACUUGUGUUAACUAUAGCAACCUUUCAACUAGUUCAUUUCAGUCGUGAAUCCUGUGUGCGGUCUUAUUGUUUUAUUCAGUAUGUGAUUUUGACCUUUCCCCACUGGGUAGUAGGAAAACUCGGACGUAGCCAGGAGGUGAACUGAAACGCUGUUCGAGUGUUCGUUAUUAGGUUGCGGUUUCGGAGUGUUCACGGCGACUCUGCUGUGAUUUAAGCCGAGGCAGAGCUGCUGUACGUUAAAGAGCAGAUUGACGAGCGCGCAUGUCUCCCUCUACGCAGUCGCCACCGACUCUGCUCUUUUUUUUUUUUGCUCAUUUCAUUUUUGUUGUCCAAAUUUCUAAAGCUGUCUAUGCAACUUCUGCAUCCUUUCUUUCUUUCUUUUUUUUUUUUUUUUU